AUGGAGAAUCAGCAACUCACAUUUUGGAAGUCUAAUUAUGAAAUUGAUGAAAACCCAUUUGCACCAACCUACCAAUUUUCUAUAUAUGAUUAUUGCAGGGCUAAUGCUAAUGAUGGGUUUCACUGGCCCUAUGAAUUUCCUCUGCAAGAGAACUAUCUUGAUGCUAUCCCUUUCAUGAAGUGUUAUUAUCCUCAUGACAUUUUAUAUGAAACUUUGCCUAUUGAACCAACUCCACUAAGCGUUCAAGACUACGACUUCAGUGAUUUUCAAAACGUGCUUUCGGCGUGGAAUGAAAUUGACUGUUCAAAUCAUAAACCUGCGUUUUCUUCAAGCAACGAUGGUGAAAGUGUGAAUGAGAUGAGAGAAGAAGUUAAGGGAAAACAACGCAGAGAAGAGAGAAUUAGUAACAGUGCGAGAAUGUUAUCAAGGAAAACUGUUUCUCAGUACUUCUACAUGCCAAUAUCACAAGCUGCAAAAGAGCUUAAUGUUGGUCUCACACACUUGAAGAAAAGGUGCAGGGAAUUAGGUAUUCAAAGGUGGCCACAUAGGAAGCUGAUGAGUCUUCAAACCCUUAUAAAGAAUAUGCAAGAGCAAGGAGAGGCUGUGGGGCAUGAAAAUGAUGAAAAAAUUAGGACUGCCAUUGAAAUGUUGGAGAAAGAAAAGAGCAUGGUGGAGGAAAUGCCAGAUUUGGAACUAGAAGAUAAAACAAGAAGGCUUAGACAAGCUUGUUUCAAGGCUAACUACAAGAAAAGGAAACUCAUGGGCAUGUUCAUGGAACCUCAAUCUUCCCUUAGUGGCCUAUCCAACAAGUAUUGA